UCCAAGAUGGCGGCGGAGGGAGGAGGGAAGGAGAUGAACGAAAUUAAAACUCAAUUCACCACACGAGAAGGCGUCUACAAACUCCUCACUCACUCCGAAUACAGCCGCCCGAACAGGGUGCCUUUCAACUCGCAGGGCUCCAACCCCGUCAAGGUCUCCUUCGUCAAUGUAAACGACCAGUCCGGCAACGGCGACAGGAUCUGUUUCAAUGUGGGCCGGGAACUCUACUUUUAUAUCUACAAAGGCGUGAGAAAGGCUGCUGAUCUUAGUAAGCCCAUAGACAAGAGGAUAUACAAAGGAACGCAGCCCACGUGUCAUGACUUCAACCCCAUCACAGCGACAGCAGAGAGUGUCUCCCUGCUGGUGGGCUUCUCAGCAGGACAGGUGCAGCUCAUUGACCCAAUAAAGAAGGAAACCAGCAAACUCUUCAAUGAAGAGAGACUCAUAGACAAGUCCAGAGUAACGUGUGUAAGAUGGGUUCCUGGUUCAGAGAGCCUGUUCCUGGUGGCGCACUCCAGCGGCAGCAUGUAUUUGUACAAUGUGGAGAACACCUGCGGCACCACGGCCCCUCACUACCAGCUCCUGAAGCAGGGUGAGAACUACGCUGUGCACACCUGCAAGAGCAAGUCAGCUCGCAACCCGCUACUGCGCUGGACCGUGGGCGAAGGUGCGCUCAAUGAGUUCGCCUUCUCCCCCGAUGGCAAGUUUCUGGCUUGCGCGAGCCAGGACGGCUUCCUGCGGGUGUUCGGCUUCGACGCGGCAGAGCUGCACGGGACAAUGAAGAGCUACUUCGGUGGCUUGCUGUGCGUGUGCUGGAGCCCGGACGGACGGUAUAUCGUGGCGGGAGGGGAGGACGACCUGGUGACGGUGUGGUCAUUUUCAGACUGCAGAGUGAUCGCACGGGGACACGGUCACAAGUCGUGGGUGAGCGUGGUGGCGUUCGACCACUGCACCACCAGCGUGGAGGACGGGGACCCCCCCGCUGAGUUCAGCGGUAGUGACGAGGAGUUCCACGAGCAGAUUCACUUUGGUGCAGGCAGAGACAGAGCCAACAGCGCUCAUUCUCGGCUUUCUAAGAGAAACUCUACAGACAGUCGGCCUGUUAGUGUGACCUACAGAUUUGGCUCAGUGGGCCAGGAUACCCAGCUGUGUCUGUGGGACCUAACAGAGGACAUUCUCUUCCCUCACCUCCCUUUAUCCCGCACUAGGACUCACACUAAUGUUAUGAGUGCCACAAGCCCUCCAGCCACUGGACAAACUACUACUAAUACUACUACAACUACUAAUACAACUACUACUGUAACCGCCACUAAUCCCAGUGGCACCAAUGGUAAAGACAAUGCGAGCAAUAGCAGCGCCAGUGGCAACUCGGCUAACUCCCUCCCCAACACCCUGCCUCGGUCCAACAGCUUGCCACACUCCUCCAACCCAACAGGGGGCAGCACCCCCAACAGUCACACAGGCAGCAGCAACAGCAGCACCACCACUACCACUACCACCACCACCACCACCACCACCACCUCCUCCACCUCCACCUCCACCACGGCUACAACCACAACCACCGCCAAGGGCAACAGCAUCAUCGACAGCGCUUUCAUUGCCACCGGCGUCAGCAAGUUCGCAACUCUGUCGCUACACGACUCGCGCAAGGACCGCCACGAGAAGGACCACAAGCGAAACCACAGCAUGGGUCACAUCAGCAGCAAGAGCAGCGACAAGCUCAACCAGCUUAGCUCGACACGGACGGCAAAAGCGGAGGCAGCUAAGACUCUGGGCACGAUGCUGUGCCCGCGCAUGGAGGACGUGCCGCUGCUCGAGCCGCUGGUGUGCAAGAAGAUCGCUCACGAGAGACUCGCUGUGUUAAUCUUCCUUGAGGACUGUCUGGUAACAGCCUGUCAGGAGGGUUUCGUUUGCACAUGGGCUAGGCCUGGCAAAGUGGGUUUGCUAUCAUCUCAAAACAACCCAGCCAACUCCCCCAGUGGAACAGUAGUAUAGCCCCGGUGCUGGUGCUGCUAAUGACAGCUCCAUGCAACAGAGACGGGGGAUGACCAAGGCCAAGGCCCUGCAGCGCUUCUUCACACACUGUCACACACCACAUGACCUCCAGUGUCACCUUCAUUCUCAUCACUACAACCACCCAGAUGCCCUCUUGUGUUACUGCUCAUGUUUAGAUAAGCGAUGUUGGCCAAGCCAGGGUUAGAAGAGUGAUGCUCCUUUUUUGUCUGGGUGCAAAAAAAAAAAAAAAAAAAAAGGGUGCUAUUGGAAGUAAGAUGGCAAGCUUUAAAUCGUCCAGGGGUUUUAUGGGAGGGAUUGACUGGCUCACUGUUCCAUCUGUGGUCAUAUCAAAUCUUGUCUAGUCCAGAAAUAACAAACUCUAGUACCCAAUCCUUUGUGCCUGUAGAUCCUCAAAGACUAGACAUGGUGUAAGCAUUGUGGUGAUGCCUCAACCUAACCUUUUCUAUGGGUUUAAUUUGGAAAAUCUUUUUGUUUCUUUUCACAUAAAGGGAAUAAGAUGAGGGAUUGUUUUGGAGCAGCAGCAGCAGCAGCAUAUCCCCCAAUGCCAAGUCCUUUUCAUUUUUCACUUCCUGGGCGAUCUGUCGUGCAGCCCCAGUCCUCAACACCUGGAGCUUUUUACUUCCUAAACAAAUAUUUUAAUCAGUGGUAUCACACUGUAAAGUGUAUUUGCACAUUCAUUCUCGGUUCUUUUGUUGUUGUUUUUUCCCCCCUUUUGAAUUCAUGACGGUGGAACACAAGCAAAAUAUUUGAAGACAGCUUUGGAAGCACUUGGGGAAACGGCUUGUUAUUGCCCUCUGUCUCAACGCUGGAUGCUGCAAUCAUAGUUUUUAUAUGGAAAAAAAAUUGUUUGCACUUAAUAGUUUGUUAGAGGAGAAUGGCUUUACAUUUUUGGAGUGUGUAAGGACUCCUUGACAAGGUUGAACUAUAAAUAGAAUAAAAAAAAACCUUUGUAUCUAUUGAACAUUUAUUUUAAUAUUGUUUCAGAUUAAAUGGGCUCUGUAUUAUAUGUAAAUAUUGUACUUCAAUGAUUUAUGGGUGAAAUGAUCAUUAUUGCAUUAGUUGAAAGAUCCUCAUUUCAGAAAAUAGUGAUAUUUCUAAUACAGAAGAUCUAUACCUAA